AUAUCAUAAGAUUUUAUAAGACAUCAUAAAACAUCUAGUGUUAAAAUAUAUUUCUUUAUUUGUUGCUUUUCUUUGGUGAUAAAAUUUGAUCACCAAAGAUUGGAUAGACGUUUUAUAUAUUAUCACCUAGUGAUAAUGUUUUAUUAAUUAUUUUCAAUCACGAAAAGCCUUAGACCCGUUCGGUGAAGCUGAGUUAGUAAGAACUCUUAAAUAUGCUUCUCCGAAUUAUCCAGGACAGUAUGUGUCCGCAUGGAUAGUUUGGAUUUGUUGUGUACCUAUAAUUUGAUCUAGUACUCAUUUUAUUGUUUCGUUAAUAGAGAUUUCAAUAUGUGUCUCCUUAUUUGUUCUCGUAAGUGGGCAAACUUAAUUUUAGUCUGCCCACUUAUGAGUACUAUAAGGAGGUGUUGCCGAAAUUUUUACAUAAACAAAAAAAUUUUAAGAGUGUAGAUUAAAUUAUAUGUAUAUUACAAAUCUGAAUGGGAUAGGUUCUUUACCCUUAUAGAAGUGGAGUGAAAAUGUGGAUUAGGGCACACACACAUAGUCAAUAAGUUUUAAUUAUUGUUUAUUCUUGUAUCGUAGAUGCCGUUCGAUAAGAGUUGGACGGCAUUAAGGAAGCGUAACUGUGAUGCUUAUUGGAACGGUCUCCAAGCCUUCUUGAGAAUGGCAAAAGAACACGUAGACUGCGACGGGAGAAUUUAAUGCCCGUGUGUGAGGUGCCUGAAUGUUAAACCACAAACUAUAGAUACAGUGGAGGCUCAUGUCUUUGACAAAGGGUUUUCAACAGAGUUAUCAAAAGUGGGUUUACCACGGUGAGGUGGAAGCUAGUGUCGCCAAUGAGGUAGUUGAGGAGAAUGAAGAUGUAGACGAGAUGGUUGACGUCGUUGAUGAUUUCCUCUUACCGACAAAUGCAGAGGAAGCAGAUGGUGUGUCUGGCGGUCGAAUGGGACAGUAUUAUGACGAGUUGUUCGACGAGAUUGAAGCUGAGUUGUAUUCGGGUUGUGAUUGGAUAUCAUCCUUAAACUUUUUGGCGAAGUUGAUGCAUUUGAAAGUUAGAGGGAAGUGGCCAAAUAACUCUUUCGAUGAAUUGUUGAAGUUACUAAAAUUUGCAUUUCCGAAAGAUAAUAAAAUUCCCCCAACACACUAUGAGGCGAAAAAGAAGCUGAGUAAGUUAGGGUUGGGAUAUCAAUCAAUCCAUGUGUGUAAAUAUGAUUGUUCCUUAUUUUAUAAUGAGCAUGCAAGCAAAGAUUCAUGUCAUGUGUGUGGGAGUAGCCGAUGGGUCAAUGAAAAGAAGAAGGGGAAAAAGGUUCCACACAAGGUGAUGCGUUACUUUCCGUUGACUCCCAGAUUAAAGCGAAUGUACAGUUCAAGACAUACAGCUAAUGACAUGUUAUGGCAUCAUACUGGGAGAUCAAUAGAAGAUGGGGUGAUGCGUCAUCCGGUUGACGGGUUUGCAUGGAAAGACUUUGAUGCCACCCAUCCUGAUUUUGUAAAAGAUCCUAGAAAUGUUCAUCUAGGCUUGGCUGCUGAUGGGUUUAAUCCUUUUGGCAACAUGAGCUUAUCAUAUAGCAUGUGGCCUGUGAUUUUGACGAAUUACAAUCUCCCCCCUUGGCUAUGCAUGAAGGAAGAGUAUUUUAUGCUAACUCUGCUUAUUCCUGGGCCAAAAUCACCGGGUAAAGACAUGGAUGUAUUUCUAAGACCUUUGGUGGAUGAGUUAAGACAAUUGUGGAUUAACGGGGUCGACACAAGAGAUGGCACAAGGAAUGAAUUGUUCAAGAUGCGUGCAGCCCUUCUGUGGACAAUUAACGAUUUCCCUGCUCGUAGUAGCUUGUCUAGUUGGAGCGGGCAAGGGUAUAAAGCAUGUCCAACGUGCAAUGAAGACACCACUUCCAUUCGAGUGAUUGGUAAGACAUCGUAUGUCGGUCAUAGGCGAUUCUUGAGGAGUAAUCAUAAGUAUAGAAGGGACAAAGAAUUUGAUGGCAAAGUUGAGAAAAGAAAUCCUCCACAACAGUUUACUUGUCAACAAGUUUUAGAUCAAGUCAAUGCUUUACCGCUUCAAGUGUCUGGUAAACAUGACAGAUUUGGGGGGGUGAAGUGCAAGCGAAGUGCAGGGGAAAGUAAUUGGAGGAAAAAAAUUAUUUUCUAUGAACUUGAUUACUGGAGUUCAAAUCAGUUAAAACACAACCUAGAUGUGAUGCAUGUUGAGAAGAAUGUGUGCGACAGCAUUCUUGGGACUUUGUUAGAUAAUGAUAAAUCUAAGGACACCACUAAUGCAAGACAUGAUUUAAAGAAUAUGGGGGUUAGGGAAUCGUUGUGGAUUUACGAGGAUGCCAAUAAAAGGUUAAUGAAACCGCAUGCUCCAUACGUGUUCACUUUUGAACAGAGGCGAGAUUUUUGUCAAUUUUUGAAAGGAGUGAAGUUGCCUGAUGGUUUUUGUUCUAAUCUAAAGAAAAAAGUCACAGACAAUGACUCAAACAUUGUUGGGUUGAAGUCCCAUGAUUGUCAUGUGAUAAUGCAACGAUUACUUGCAGUAGGUGUUCGCAAGUUUUUACCAGAAUCUAUAUCCACUACCAUCACUGAAUUGUGUAAUUUGUUCAAACAAUUGUGCUCUAGGACACUGAACGUUUCUGAUAUGGAGAAAGCUAAGGAUGACUUGAUUGUUAUUUUAUGCAAGAUGGAGUUGAUUUUCCCUCCAGCAUUCUUUGACAUAAUGAUCCAUCUGGUUUUGCACUUGCCUGAUGAAGUAAUAUUGGGAGGACCUGUAUUUAUGAGGUGGAUGUAUUCUUUUGAAAGAUACAUGAAAAAAUUAAAAAACUAUGUCAGGAAUAAAGCUCGUCCUGAAGGAUCUAUAGCAGAAGGAUAUGUUGCAGAUGAGGCUUUGACAUUUUGUUCAAUGUAUUUCAAAGGUGUGGAAACAAAAUUUAAUCAGCCUAAUCGUAACGAAGAUGCACCGUAUGUGAAUCGACACCUCACAGUGUUUGAAUCUCAAUGUCGUCCUCUUAGUAAGGGAAUUCCCGUGCCCCUCGAUGAAAAUACUCGGAAUAAAGCUGAGUGGUUCAUAUUGGAUAAUUCUCCAGAAACUGAAGUGUAUUUAGAGGAACACCUAACUGAGGUGCAACAAAGAGAUAUGGCUGCCAAUCAUAAAUUGAUACAUAAGAAAGAGUUUCGUUCAUGGUUUCAUAAGAAGAUAUAUGACUUGCACCAGCUUGGGUCAUUAGAGGAUGCUGAUGAAUUACUAGCUUUAGCAUCUGGGUCAGAUCUAUUAGCUUACUCCUACCAAGCAUGUAUAGUGAACGAAGUUCGAUUUGUCUCAUACAAUCGAGAUCAGAAUCAAAUUACACAAAAUAGUGGAGUGUGUGUUGCUGGAACAGAAGGUUUUAACUAUUACGGGCAACUUGAAGAAAUACUCCAGCUGUCUUUUACUGGUUCUUAUUCGGUGGUAUUAUUUAUAUGUAAAUGGUUCAAUAUAAAUCCGAAAAAAAAGAAAACCAUCACUGUAAAUAAUAUUACUAGUAUCAAUGUUAGCGGUGAAUGGUAUAAAGAUGAACCGUUCAUACUAGCUAGUCAAGCAAAAUAAGUAUUAUACAUCGAUGAUCUCGUUAGAGGACGAGAUUGGAAAGUUGUCCAAGAAGUGAAUCAUCGGCAAGUUUGGGACUUUCCAGAUGCUUCAGAUAUGAUUGCUGAUGUUGAUGUUGUACAUGACACCAACUCAUCGAAUUUUGUUUUGACUGUGGAUCUCGGAGAGUUGGUUGUUCAGCAAUCUGAUGUACCAGCGACUCAAGUGAACACGGCCCAUCGACCUUCUUUAGUUGUUCAAGAAGAUGAUGGAUUUAUUAAUGACAAUGAAGAUGAUAUGGCAGACAGUGUAGAAGAAGCAGAAGAUGAGGAUGAAUUAAUUGUCGACCUUAGUGAUGAUAAUACUGAUGAUGUGUGCCCGAUAGAUGUUGAUGUAAUUAGUGAGGAUAGUGACUAUUCUACUUAGUUUUAUAUCUAGUGUUCAAUGUAUUAUACAUAUUGAGAAAUAAAAAGUUCGUUUCCAAAUAGCAUGUUUCAAAUUACCUAAUCAAUUGAAAUAAUACUCAAUAAAUUAAUUAUAAAUAAUAAUUAAAUAUUAAAAUAGAUAGGUUAAAUUACUUUCGUGUUAGUAGAUGUCAGCAGAUGUGGCUAGAGCUCACGGUGGAGACGUUGGCGGUGAUCCUUCACCGAAUCCUACUAGGAUCCCGACUACAUGCGACUCAGGAAUCCCAACUGAGAGAAAGGGUCGUGGCGCAGCUAUUGGAAAAGAUCUAGAGGAGAGGCAGCGUAAAAAUGGAAAACCACUGGAAGUAACGUUUUGCCCACGAACGUACAAGGUUGUUGGGGGCGAGCACGCUACUUUUGUCCGCCUUGUGGGAACCCAAAUUAAAACGAAAGUUCCCGGACAUUACGGUUCAUGGGAAUUAGUGCCUAAACAAUACAAGGAUCAGGUCCUUGGCAUAAUUCAGUAUUAUUAUCAAAUAGCGGGUCGCGAGGAUUCCUUAAAGUGUUUAGAUGGUAUCGAUCGUGAGAUGAAGGACCGAUACCGUAAUAGGAAAACACUAAGACAUGAACACUUUGAGAAACACUACAAUGGACCAGAGGAUUGGGAUAAGGUUCUAAACAACCCAACCAAUGAUGUUAACAAGGAGGAGUGGAAGUAGAUCUGUCAGUUAUUUACAAGUCCACAAUUUAUUGCGCGCUCCAUAAAGAAUAAGGAAAAUCGGAAGAAACAAAAGUAUUCUACAACGCAGGGUACAAAAUCGCUGGCAGCCGUCCGUUUUGAAAAAGUAAGUAAAAGAUAAAAUAUUAUCAACAUUAUGUUCUUUUAAAAUAUAUGUUCUCUAACAUUUUUUAGACGAACCCGGACCUCAUUGAGUCAUGGAAGGAUUAUCAUUGGAAGAAAUCAACAAAUGAUUUCGUGAACGAUGAUGCUCGCCAAGAUUAUGCAAGUUUGAAUUAUAUUUUUUAAUAUUAAUAGAGUUAUAUUUAAUGUUAGUGUCUAACAUUUUUUUGAAAACAGGAAAAACUGAAAGCUGAUUUUGAGUUACAAACUCAACAAACAUCAACUGAUGCUUCUAAUAAUGAUAGUCCGACAUCAGUUGAUCAGGUGGAGGUGCUACAAAAAGUGUUAGGCCAAAGGCGUGGACAUGUGCGAGGAGUGGGCCGCAAAUUGAAGGGGUCGGGGUCGAGGUCAUCAUCUACCCAACACUCUCACUCCAGCGAGUCUCAAGUUCCUCCUCAUCAUUCAAGAGAAUAUAUAGAAAAAUUGGAGAAUAAUCUACAGAAAUUGUCUGAUCAAAUUAAUUUCUUAACUCAAUAUUUUGUACCUUCAGUUCGUCCACCAAACGUUCAGAUGCCGCCUGUGCCUGAUAGUGAUCAUAUUUCUAGGGCUUCGUCCUCUCAACCUCCAGCUCCAACUCAUCCUUCUAUGUACGGGGCAGCGCCGUCUCAACAUAUGGUACCUCCAUAUAUGUAAGGAGCAACACCUUAUCCGUGUCCGAUUCCACCGUCCUCCCAGCCAUCGUAUCCCUACAUGUAUGGAGCUGGAUCGUCCACAUUACCUCCCCAAUAUCCUUGGCCGAUGCCGCCACCGCAGCAAUCACAACCCCAGCCACCGCAACAACCACAACAAGAAGACAAUAGGGAGGAGGACGAGACAGUUGAUUUAGGAGACUAGGUUUAUUUUAUUACUAAUUAUUGUUAAAUUUUAUGAACAAUAUGAAUAUUUGCUAUGUUAAUGUAUUAUGAAUAUGUACAAUUGUUAUUUUAAUAAACUUAUUUGAAUAUUUAAUAUAAUAUUUUCAUUUUUAA